UGAACCUUUUGGUAAAAGAAUCUUGAAUUCGAUUCUCCAAGAAAUCCACCUGAUGUCAAUGGAAAUUGUGGAUGAUGAGAGAGGAAGAGUACCUCAAGAAAAAGGUCUAUCUAAUUCCACCUUAUCUAAAAAUGUAGAAGAUUCACCAGUAUUGAAAAGAAUUAUUACGAAACUAUCAACAGAUGAUCCAGGAAAUACAGUAAUUUUGCGACCUGAAUCUGUCUCUAAAGAAAUACUGAUUCAUUUAAUUUUCUAG